AUGGGCACGGUUCUGUCGCUGUCGCCGGGCUCCAGGAAACCCGGGUUCUACCAGAACCAGCCGGGUUCGCUCAGCAGCCGGUCCCUGAACAGCCAGAAGGACCGGAACCUGAGGGGGGGCCGGUCCAUCCUCCUGCCGGCGCUGACCUGGAGGCGCCUGGUGGCCCCCACCAAGAAGAACGAUACCAGGAAGGGGCCCGGUGGUACCGUGGACCCCCUGAGCAACAACAGCUUCUACCAGAACGACCCGGUUCUGACCCUGAACCGGGACAACGUCAAGAAGUCCCUGUCCUGUGCCAACCUGUCCAGCUACGAAGUCCCAGCAGGACUGGGUCUGAGCUAUGGGUUCGGGUCGGGUCCGGGCUUCGGAUUUGGCUACACCAGAACCGGGCCGCCAUCCUCGCUGAGGGCCCCCCAGGGGACGUCGUCCCCAAAGCGCGUGAUCGUCCAGGCGUCCACCAGCGAGCUGCUGCGCUGUCUCGGGGACUUCCUGCGGCUCCGCUGCUUCCGGCUGCGGCGCCUGAGUCCGGCCGACCCGGUUCUGUGGCUCCGGGCCGUGGACCGCUCGCUGCUGCUGCAGGGCUGGCAGGACCAGGCCUUCGUCACGCCGGCCAACGUGGUCUUCGUCUACAUGCUGUGCCGGGACGUGGUGGACGGGGACGCGGUGUCCUCGGAGCGCGAGCUGCAGGCCGUCCUGCUCACCUGUCUCUACCUGUCCUACGCCUACAUGGGCACCGAGAUCUCCUACCCCCUCAAGCCCUUCCUGGUGGAACCGGGCCGGGACGCCUUCUGGACCCGCUGCCUCGCCAUCAUUAACGCCACCAGCGCCAACAUGCUCCGGAUCAACGCAGACCCCGGCUUCUUCACCCAGGUCUUCGCAGACCUGAAGAGCGAGGGCGGCUACAGCCGGGUUCUGGACCGGUGAGACCGGCCUCCCCGUGGACACAGACUCUGGUCUCGACCCGUCCA